AUGGCACUUAAGCUUCCACAGUUCGCGGUGAUUACUACAAAAUCUCUUCAAGGACGCUACGCACAUUACAUGACUGAAAACGAGGAGCCGCGUGGUUAUGUGAACUGUAGGGAAGAGGAUAUCUUUAGCCCAUUCGUCAAGAUUGAGCUUGAGAGAAAAAACAUCGACAGAAAGUAUGUGCACUUACGAUUUUGUUGCGGCAAUAAAUACUGGGCGCGGCGUGGGCAAGGAUCAAGCACAAAUGAUAUGCGGAUUUUUGCCAGCUCCAACCAACCGGAGGCAGAUACAUCCAAAUGGUCAUGUACGUUGUUUGAGCCAAUUUCGCAUAGUGAUGGCUACUUCCACUUGAUUCACGUUCACAGCGGAAAGCGGCUGCGAAUAAGUGCAUCGACUCCUGCACGCCUUUAUGUAGAUGACAAUGAUAGAGGUACCUCAGAUGCUUUCUAUGAUUUCAGUUUUAUCGAUUGGGAUACAUUAGUGAUAUUGCCCAAGCAUGUAGCAUUUAAAGGCGACAAUGGCAAGUAUCUCAAAGCUAUCAGGUUCGGGAGCCAUGAGUACCUGCAAUUCUCAUCCGAUGAUGGCAAUGAGGAGGCAACGGCCUACGAGGUCACCAAUAAUCCGGACGGACAUAUUCGCAUCUGGUCUAAAGUUUAUGGCAAGUUUUGGAGACUAAGUCCUAGUUGGAUAUGGGUAGAUUCUACUGACACUGGUGGCUCAAACGUUGACACUUUGUUUUGGCCGCUCAAAGUUAACGAUAAUACCAUCGCUCUUCGCAAUGCAGGUAAUGAGAGAUUAUGUAAACGUCUUACAACCGAGGGAAAGACAGAUUGUCUUAAUGCUGCGGUUUCCACCAUUACCACAGAAGCAAGAUUGCAGGUGCAAGAACUUGUUCUUGAAAGACACCUCUAUGAUGUUGUAUACCGCAUGGAGGAUGCUCGGAUAUUUGAUGAGAGACCUUUCGUAGCAGGCACUGGCACUGCUAGUAAUAACACAGAAGAAGCAUCAGAGUAUACUAUCAAAGUUUCGUAUGAAGAUAAGAGCUCUUACACUUUUAGCAACAGUCUCUCCAUAAUGACAGGCGUCAGAACCACCAUCCAAACUGGUCUUCCAUGCAUAUUUGAAGGAAAGAUUGGAGUCACUGCUGAGGUAACCAACUCGUUGGAGUGGAAUAGAACGACCAAGGAAACAAAAAAAGCAGAGGCUGCAUAUAAAGUUGUUGUGCCAUCAAUGAGCAGUGUUAGAGUUGAUUAUGUGGCAACACGGGGCACAUGUAAUGUUCCUUUCUCCUACACUCAGCGAGACAGGCGUUCUACUGAUGGGAGUUUUGAUAUUAGGCAACAUGUUGAUGGUGUUUAUUCUGGCGUCAAUUGUUACAGCUUCCACUUCGAGCAAACUAAUCCUACACGUCUGGCUUGA